GGCGGCGGUGGCGGCGCGAGCGGCCACGUUGACAGGGCGGGCGCGGGGUGGCGGCGCCUCCUGCAUCGAGGAAGGCGGGCGGGGGCGUGAGCUCGAGCGUGGCCGUCCGUCCGGGAGAGCAAGGGGUGGGGCGCGACGCGGGUGAACAUGUCUUCGCCUCCCAAAGAGAAAGCAGAGACGCGCGCUGGACACCCGCCUGCCGUAAAAGCUGGUGGGAUGCGGAUCGUGCAGAAACACCCACACAAUUCUGAUGCCAAAGAAGAAAAAGAUAAGGAUGAUCAAGACUGGGAAACCAGCAGCCCACCUAAACCAACUGUGUUCAUCUCUGGUGUCAUUGCAAGGGGUGAUAAGGACUUCCCUCCGGCUGCAGCUCAGGUGGCUCACCAGAAACCACAUCCUUCUGUGGAAAAGCUCCCUCAUCCGCAGCAUGUCAAACAGCACAUCCACCAACCUCGCAAGUGAGCUCUCCAUCAAAAUCUCAGCCAAAAUGCCAUCAAUUAAUACCUUUUCAAGAAUGGAAGAACACCCUUUACGAUUCACACUACCAAAUUAGUAAAAUUGGCGUCUGAAAUAAUACAUUAUUUCUUUUACUUUAACUCUCAAGGGUUAAUAAGAAUGGAGACAUUGUUCAGUUGUUAUUCCAGAUGGAAAAUUUCCCUGUUCUCUGUUAUGUAUUUGUUGAUCAGGGAUGUUUUCAGUUUCUCCAAAUUGCCUUUUUUACAAGACUCUUUUACUGCAAAGGUAAAAAUUUAAAAUGAAGAAUGCGGUUAGUGAUUUUAAAACUUCUAGCUCUGGCAUCACAAUAGCGCAUAGUUAAUGUAGUUUUUUUAUGCUAAACCAGUAAGGAAGAAUAACCCAUUGGUACUGGUACUUUUACCAUCUGGAAUGAGCUGGUUUUGUAUUGUUUCAUAUAGAAAUUGGUGAUUGCCUUGAUUUUGUAUACCUGUUGUGGUCUUUAGUAUCCUAAGACAUAAUACUUCAGCAGCAGUUCCAUCUGAUUUCAACUAAUAAGAUGAUAAAAGGAUCCAAAUAUAUUCUCAAGCGGGCACAAAUCCAGCUGAAUCUUCUUUAUACUACAUUGCACUCACCCAGUCUUGUUGAAUUUUUUCCAUGCAGGCUUUGCACAUUUCGAGCUCUGUAUGAACAGGGGUAAAAAAUCAGAUUUUCAGAAAUCCUGCUGCUGUAUGCAAUGCAUUUGUGAUCUGAUUUGUCUUACUGGGGGCUGUAUUUUUAAUGAGGUGAUCAUUUCUCAAUUGCAAUAGCAAGCUGAAGGAGUUCAGGAACUUCCAGAAUUGAACUUAAAAAUAAACUGGAGAAAAAUGUGUUUGUUUAUUUGUUUUUAACUUGCAGUUUGAGGUUGUUGUUGGAAAAUAAGAGAUAUCACUAGUAAAUGUGUUUAACUUUAUGACCCAACCUCUGUUGUGCGCCAUAUGUUUUUCUUAGUCUUUUCCUUGUGAAUAAGGAAAGUAAUGAUGGAAGUGAAAUAAAAAAAGUUACCUUGCAAACAGAGCAAUCUGAUUAGGUUUCAUCAUGUGAUUAAAUCUUUUUGAUUGCACUGUUCAAAAUCACUUAGCUCUAUCAUCUUCCUUCCACAACUCAUGUCUAUAAAACAUGUGAAAAUAAUUUUUUUAAACAUUUAACCUACAUUUUUAAAGUGUACUUCAGUUUUUAACUGAAUAAAAAUACACUACAGGGUUUUGUAUCCUCUAGGUUUAUAAAACUUUUAACAACCUCAAAAAAGGUGGGUACUUGAGCUAGUGCUGCAGUCAGUCAUCUGGCAAAUUAGUGGAAGUUUGGGGUCACUUGGGGCUUUACUAGCUCAUUUAUGUUUAAAAUCAAAUAGUACAGAAGAAUAGUGAGAGUUUUUAAAAUACGAAUUUUUAAAACAGUGCAGAUUAAUUAGUUUUCCUAUGAGUAGCUGAUUAAGAAAAAAAUUGAUAUGAAAUAUAUCCCAUUUCAUAACAGGAAUAACUGACUUUAUGUGGGUAUAAUGGACAUGACCUGCCCAUCUCUUAGUAGGCUUGAAAUAGAAAGGAUGCUUUGCAAAGGAGGGAAUUUCACCUCAUGUGCGUAGAUAAAUGUAUUCUGCACCUAGGAAGGCUGUACAAUCCUUACAUGCAGUCUUUAUUUUCAGUUUAAUUAGAUAGCUGUCCUUGCCUUAAGGAAUGAACAUUGUUUAUUACAGUUAUUGUAUAUGAGAAUAUGCAUAAUUUUGUUUCUAAUGGCAGUUCUUCUGAGGCCUUGGUAGCCACUCAUGAGUAUACAAGUGAUUCACACAUGAGUGACUUAUGAAUAAGGAUAGAAGUGUUGAACCCCGUGGAAUAUUUACAUGAGCUAAUUUGCUGGCAGAAGUGUUUGCAGAACGAGAUUCCACUGUUUGCUGUCCUCAUUAAUAGUACAGACAAUAACUGUCAGCCUUCUGGGCCAGCGCAACAGCAAAUCAUCACAGUUGCCUGAUCUGGUAGCUGCUGCCUCACUAUGAGCUGAGUGGUUUCAGCACUUCUGGUGCUGGAUCUGCAUCUGAAGUGGUGUCCAGACUGUAGAUGGUGAGGAUAUAGCCAAAGCAGUUUGCAUAGCGUAGGUAUGACUUAUUUGACCAAUUAGAAGCAUCUCCAAUAAGAUGAGCUCAAUCCCUCUCGACUCCCAUAGAGGAAAACAAGACAUGUACCUCUGUGUAGAUGCACAGAGCUAGGUAGGCUGGAUACCUCUCAUCUGUAUCUAGCAGGUACAAAUGUAUCUUUCUACCUUUCAAAAGCAACACCACAUUUCAAUUUUAAUACUAAAAGUUAGGAACAUGGAUGCUUUGAGUGUUAAUUCUAUAUAUACAGUAUAUAUAUAGACAAUAUCUGAAUUUUGUCUUUGCUUAGAUGGAUAUAUUUUACAGUGAAAUAUGACUCUCAAGAUAGCUUUAGUGGCUUUUAGAGUGCAGGAAUUCCUAUAAGUUAGAAAAUGUCUCUGUAUGAAAGUAUACUAUAUAUUGUUGGAAGGCAGCCAUGUUUAUGCAUAGGUGUCCUUAUCAAAGCAUUACCUUCCAUGAAAUAAAGAAUUGUAACUGGUGACCUGGAUUGUAUACUAAUGAUUAUUGAUACAUUUUUAAUAAAUAAAUAUGUUACAAUAACAUGCAAGCAUAGCAGAUGUUCAGAGGUUACCAUGAAAUGAUUGUUAAAGAAAUUUUCUGGAAUUGUUAAUGUGGCAAUAAUGCAACAAUAAAACAUUGCUUUGAGGUUGUA